AUGUAUAAAACCGACAACUCUGCUAAUGUAUCUAAAUUAACAUUCUCAGCUCUUUCAAGAGACCUCAAGCUUGAGAUUUUCGAUUUUGUUCGAUCCAAAUUUGACCAAGGCAAUGCGCGUCGGGUCAGCCGGGUAAUGGAGCCUCCGUGGUGGAAUGAAUGGAACCAUCUCAUGAGGCCCAGAAUGUGGAGAGACUUCACGACGACUUUCCAAGGCACAUUUGCAGAAGACUUUCAGAAGCUAUCAGAAGAACGACAAGCUUGCUUCCAAGAUAUUCGUACACUAGCCGCGGGUGGGAACCACGUCAGACCCGAUUACGAUGCCCUAUUCUCAAGCUUUAUGCACCUAUUGCGCGACGACCAAUUGCUUGAGUUGGAUAGCGCCAAAGAAACCCCCCUUGACUCAAAGCAGCUUCUAAGUCUGCUACGUCACCAGUCGAAUCUUCGAACCUUUCGAGCGCGACUGGAUUUUUCCGACAUGGACAUGCACGACGCAGGGCCUUGGAUGGCUGAGCAGACUCCCUUUCCCUCCGGAUCUAUAUUGGAGAACAAUCUGUCGCACGUGUCUCACGCGAUAUCAUACCCAUGUACUGCACUAUUCACUCAUUAG